AUGUGGUCGCUGGAUGACUUUGAUAUUGGGAGGAAGUUGGGUGAGGGACGCUUUGGCAAGAUUUAUCUCGCGCGGGAAAAGCGAACGAAGUGCGCCGUCGCAAUAAAGUGUCUGUCGAAGGACAUGAUCCGCUACCACGGGCUCGCCCACCAGUUAAGACGGGAGGUGGAGCUGCAGGAAUACGCGGGACGUUGUCAUCGUCACAUUUUGCGCCUCUUUGCAUACUUUUGGGACGAUGUGCGAGUGUUUUUGGUGCUGGAGUACGCGGAUGGAGGGAACCUGCAGACACUGCUGGACACCCGAACGCAGCACCGCGUGUCGGAGGAGGAGGCGCGGCGUAUUUUGCGGCCGUUGCUCUCAGCACUCGCCUUCCUGCAUGAGCGGGAUGUCAUUCACCGCGACGUGAAGCCGGAUAAUAUUUUGUUCAAAGCCCAAGCGGUGAAACUGGCUGAUUUUUCAUGGGCGGUUCGGCUUGACCGCAGGGUUCCCCAACACUCCCGUCGCUACACGCUUUGCGGCACGAUGGAUUAUCUUGCACCGGAGCAGAUCUCAAGGCGGGGUUGCACAACGAAGGCCGAUGUGUGGGCUCUCGGCAUAUUGACGUACCGCAUGUUGUGCGGGAAUCUGCCUUUUGAGCAUCUCUCCGCAUGGGAGUUGUGUGCCCGAAUCACAAGGGGGAACGUGCAAUAUCCCACGCAUCUUUCAGUGGAAGCACAGAAUUUUAUGGAGUCUCUGCUUUGCGUGGAUGAAGCGAGCCGACUGUCAUGUGAAGAGGCCUUGAAGCAUCCUUUUAUUGUAGGCAACAGUUGCAGUCUACAUGAGGCCAGUGCCGAGACGGAGCUACCAAGCGCUGUAAGUUUUCAGUGCUCACCCACGCCGGAGCAUUGGGACAACCGUUUUGUGCGCGUGUCGCUGCCUACUUACGGCAAGGCACCAGCUGUUGUUUUUGCGCAAAGACGACAGCCGCAACCUCAACAGAAGCAGCAAACAAACAACAGAAGUGGUGGGGGCGGUAGUAGUCAGAAUAGUAUCAACAGCAGCAAUAGUGCUACUUGCAAGUGGGUUGCUACUGCUGCUUGCAGUCGUUCUCUUUCGGAUGGGAGUUUUGUAACGGUUAGUUCUUCCCAUUCCACGGAACGCAUUGCGAGUGCACCUGACCUGACCACCCCUAAUAUCUCUUCUGCCCCGCAGAGAGAAUGGAUUUGUUCAGGGAGGGCCAUUGCCAAUGGCGAAACGCUAAAGAGUGGCUCGGAGGAGGUGGCGACAUCAAGCCAAGGGGCGAGUCUCAGCCGUCCACGCAACACACACAGCACAAGUGAUAGGAGCGGCCUGGCCACAACGCAAAUUGGAAAUUUUAUAGGCUUCUCACCGCUUAUUCUUUGCCCUAAUGACGCCAAUGACAAUGCGGAAGAGAAUGGGGUUGAUGAGAGGGAGGCAGAUUGCGUUGUACAGCUGCGCUUUGACGAUAGUCUUCUGUCCCUUUCGCAGCUCACAGCCGCGUCGGCAAGCACGGUUGAUGCGGCAGAGAAUUUAUAG